CCAUUUGUGCUUUUAAUUGUUGUCUUAUUUCAAGUGCUAUAAUAUUCAUAACGUAUAUUAUAUAUCGAUAUAAUAAUAAUUAAUAUGGGUUUAUUAAAAAUAAAUUAUUAUAGUUAUUGCAUUCAAUUAAUUAUUAUUUCACCGGUUGUUUUUGGUCAUGGGAUGUUAAUGGACCCUGUUAAUCGUGCUAGUGCAUGGAGAAGAGGUUUCAAUACUCCAAUAAAUUAUAAUGACAAUGAAAAUUAUUGUGGCGGGUAUAAUGUUCAAUAUACCCAAAAUAAAGGUAAGUGUGGUGUAUGUGGCGAUGAUUAUUCAUUAAAACGACCUCGGCCAAAUGAAGACGGUGGAAUUUAUGGGACGAAGACUAUUGUGAAAACGUAUAUAGAGGGUCAAGAAUUUACUGCAAAUGUAACUCUAACAUCAAAUCAUCGAGGGUAUUUUGAAUUUUCUUUAUGCCCUCUGCUAUUGUCCAACAAUAAUAGUAUUAAUAAUCUAUCGUCAGUAGUAGAAGAAACAGAGGAAUGCUUUAAAAAAUAUCCUAUAUUAACUGUUGAUGGAAAAGAUAAAUAUAUUUUACCAAGCUCUGAAACUGGAAAUUAUCAAAUAAAACUUAUUCUUCCUAAAAAUAUUAUCUGUCAUCACUGUUCUUUACGAUGGCAUUGGAAAGUAGCUAAUAAUUGGGGUAUUUGUGAGGAUGGAACUGGUGGUGCAGUUGGAUGUGGACCUCAAGAAACUUUCAGAACUUGCUCUGACAUUACUAUUCUCAAAUUAUAAUAAUAUUAAUAUUUAUUAUUAAGUAUUUCAAUAUGUAUUAUUCUACCUCAUGAU